UUCGUCUAUCUUUUGUUCCCCUUCUCUUCGAUCGAAAACCUCUGCUCUCUUACCCACCUAAAGUUCCUUCGAGCAUUCAACCGACGCACCCUCUCGAUCGUAGGAUAAUCUGCUCAGGUUUCGCGAUGGCAUCAAAGCGGAUCUUGAAGGAAUUGAAGGAUUUACAGAAGGAUCCUCCUACAUCUUGCAGCGCUGGUCCAGUUGCCGAAGACAUGUUUCACUGGCAGGCAACAAUUAUGGGUCCACCUGACAGUCCUUAUGCUGGGGGUGUUUUCCUGGUGACCAUCCAUUUUCCUCCAGAUUAUCCAUUUAAGCCUCCCAAGGUGGCAUUUAGGACGAAGGUAUUCCACCCCAACAUCAACAGCAAUGGAAGCAUUUGCCUAGACAUCUUGAAGGAGCAAUGGAGUCCUGCGCUGACAAUAUCCAAGGUGUUGCUCUCAAUCUGUUCUUUGCUGACGGAUCCAAACCCUGAUGAUCCAUUGGUGCCGGAGAUCGCUCACAUGUACAAGACGGACAGGCACAAGUACGAGACAACUGCAAGGAGCUGGACCCAGAAGUACGCCAUGGGCUAAGCGAGCUUUGUCGUGUGUAAGGGGAAACCCCGUGUUCUCUUUUAUUUUCCCCCCCAUAUAUUCUGGUUUUAAGGAAAGGUCUACGCAUGAACGUUUGUUCUGUCCGUUGAUAAAGGAGGUCAACAACAAUGGCUCGAGUUGAAAGAAGAAAAGCAAAUGUUGUUUUUUUCUUCUAUGGAACUGUGAAACAGAGAAACUGUGUCCUAAAUCCGAAAAUGUUGAUAAAUCUCCCUAAUCGUAAUUGUUUUCUGAUAAUUUGGGU